AUGAUGAGACUCAGGUGGGCAUUUAUAGCAACUCAUCUUCCGGGGCGAAGCGAUAAUGCUAUGAAGAACCGUUGGAACAACCAUUCGAAGAAGAAGCCUGCGACAAGUACUCAUCGGAAUAUCCCUGACCCACAAAGUUGCACCGGCGAUCAGCCAGAUGCCACACAACUCUUCCAUCCUACACCCGUUUCAUCUGAUCCCGAGUCUUUGAUUGCCGGGUUUGGUUCUUUGAUUCCCUACGUUAAUCAAAAUGAGACCAAUUUCGGGGGAGAUUACUUUGAGCCUUGGAUUUCUGGACCGGUUUCAGCCUCAGUGGAGAACGCGUUCAUGCCAACUGAACAAGUCACCAGAAAUUGGUCUCCUUAA